UGCUAAUGUGGAGGGGGUUUCUUUAUCGUGUCAUUCACAUUCAAAUGUAAUAAACCAACAGAUAAAUGGACAUUAAUCGCUUCGACUUUACACCCGGGAGAAACGAUGUUUACAGUCACUCCAGCUUAUCUCUGUUUUCAGCGCGUACAACUAAAUCACGAAGUUGAACGAGUCCGCGCCUCCCAAAGUUUGCAAACCCUUGCAGCUUUCCUGCCCAGACUGAUAGCUCAGCUCUGAGUAUUGCGAAGGGAGAAGACGAGUGCAUGUACCUUUAGCUAUUGAAAUUAUUAUAUUAUUUUGUUGCAGAGUCAUGUAUGUUUUCCUGUAAUGUCAGCAGACCAGGAUAAAGACACCGUCACUCUUAAAAGAAACAGAGGUGGAGAUGGUGGGUUGGAUGGCUUAGGAGGACCAGGCAUACUGGGAAGCCCUGAUAAGAAAAAGCGCAAGUCAAGUACACAGGUGUCUUCUUUUCCUCCUCUUUCUGAGUAUGCUCCACCACCAAACCCCAGCGUUGAUCACCUUGUAGCUGCCAACCCUUUUGAUGACAGCUAUAAUCCUGUAUCUUACAAACCUUUGCCUUCUGGAAAUCUAUAUUUUGGCAAUCCUAACUAUUCUGGUUUUGGUGGGUACAACUCUCACAGAAUGCCACCACACAUGCAACCUAGAAUGCCUUCUCUUUAUGGAGGUCCUUACCCCAUGCGAAACCAACCCCAUCCGUUUCCACAGAUUCAAGUGGGCAUGGGUUUUAAUCGCGCUCACGGCUUUAACUUUGGUCCUCAUGAUAAUCCAAAUUUCAGAAACCAACCAGUGUUUACUUAUCAUAUGAACUCAAAUAUGAGCUUACCACCUCAUCUGCCCUUUAGACCAGGCCCAGGAGAAAACUUCAACCAAAUAAUGCCACUACAGAAUAUGAACCAAAACACAAACUCAGACAUGGGCUCCAACUUUGGGACAGAAAGCAGCACAAGUAUGAAUCCAUUAAUGGGCCCUAACAUGGAUGGCAACCAUGGUUUUUUGCAGCCACAGAGUAAUAACCACAAUCAGGUAAAUGCUGUCGCUCCAAAACAAGACAACAGUCGAGGCCCAAAUAAAAACCUCAGUCAAAGCCCAUAUCAGAACUCUGCUUCUCAUCAGCCUUCCCAGAGUCCAGAAGAAAGUGUAAACCAGGACCUUUCAAACCCGAAAGUUAUCAAUAAACGCGGUUCCCCCAAUCAAGAAAGCAGUCAUUCAGACACUCCUGAAAACAUUAAUGGCAGCCAUGGUAACAAUAGUGCUCAGAACACAGCCAUUGAAGGUGUUGCAGCCGAGAGGAGCAGUAGUAAAACAGCAGUACACCCAAUUCAGCCAAGCCAGUCUUCUUCAAAUCCUAUUUAUCCUUGUGGAAUUUGCAUGAAUGAAGUCAGUGACGACCAGGAGGCCAUUUUGUGCGAGGCUUCUUGUCAGAAAUGGUUUCACAGGGUUUGCACCGGCAUGACAGAGACGGCCUACAACCUUCUAACGGCAGAAGCAGCAGCGGUGUGGGGCUGCGAUACCUGCAUGGAGAACAAGGAGGUCCAGUUCACAAAACCAAGGCAAACAAGCAGGAAACAGUGAUGGAUAAGAACAGUGGCUUUAAAAUAAAAUAUAAAAAAAAAAUAUUUUUUCUUUCACAGUUUGUAUUUUUUUUUUACUUUUAGUUUACUUCAGAAGCUAAUGAAUAUCUCAUAAUAAUAUCUCAUCAGUGUGCUUGUUUAUUAGAUUGACUGACUUUUUCAAGACUUCAAAAGUCUCAAAUGAUUAACAAUGCUAUAAUCCUCCAUUCAAUCACACCCUAAAGUAGUUAUUUAUUGUAUCCUCUUAAUCAUGGAGUAGAAUGAAGCUCCAGCAAUGUGAUUGGACAUGUGACAGAAUGUUGCAAAAGUGUACAGUCUGUUGUUAUUUUUCCUAUUGGAGUGUAUGCACCUUUUUUUAUUUAAAGCAAUGAAUAAUUGAUUUUAAUUGCGGUGAUAAACAGAGUGUGCAUGGCAUUGUGUGUCUUAAAGCAAACAACAAAUGAUUCAAGAGAGUGAUAAUCGUGGCAGUGGAUUUUGAUUGUAAAUGCAGGAAGAAGUAAUAUGAGUAAGGCAGUUUCAUUUGGAUGGUGUUCUUUUGACCUGCGUUUGUUAAUAAUACUGGGUAAUAAAGAUUACAGUUUUCUUGGUACUAUGCUAUUCUAGAAUGUAAAGCUUGUGAUGUUCCAAAAUCUUUUUAUUUCUUUUAUUAUUUGCUAAUGAGAUGUGCUUACUUAAUUAUGGCUCUAAACCGUGCUUUACACAGUAAUUUUAUCUCACUGUAAUACAUUUUACACUUGUGAACCGUCGUACAUAUACUUGUAACUAUAAUAUUGUAACUUUUAUAUACAUUUAUGCAUAUUUCUACGUAUUUACUACCUCAAAGUGCCUGACACAAUUCAGAUGUAAUUUGCAAGAUGACCUGUGUGUCUAAAGUCAAUGACAUCUGCCUAAUGUUAUUUUCUAAAAUACUAAAAGCCCUCACAAAUGCCCUUUUAGUCUUUAUACAGAGGAAGAUAGUAUAUGAAACUAGCUGACAAUUGAAUGCAUAAAAUGCCCUUGUCAAUGAUCUGGUGCUAUAAAACACCUUAAACAAAUGUAUUUAUGAUGUUAAAUUAAAGUUGCCAUGUGUAAUUUGUAAUAAAUAUUUCAAAUAUACAAACUGUAAAGGGAUUUAUUAACUGCCAACAUACUACCAAUAUAUUUUAAGUUGUUUAGGGUUUUUUUUUUUUAGUUUGGCUUCCAUUUAUUGGUAGUCAGUGUAAUUGCACCAGUGCAAGGGCGCUGGAACUAGGGGUGGCAGCACCCCCUUGGCUCUUCCAUCAUAUACAGGGGUUAAAGUUUUGAUC